AUGAGUGUUUAUAUAGUCUCGACUGUGAAGAUGAUUCUAAUUAGUGGGUGGCCUCCAGUUGAGCCAGCCUCAAGAAGGUUUCAAGACAAGGUGCUUGAUAAAAUGCUUGAGAGAAGGGAAGAGCCUGUUCAAGCUAUGUUUACAGAUGAUUCUUUGAAGAUACUUGAAGAAAGAGGAAUUUUCAUAUGUUUUGUCACUAGUAGGAGGAGUUCAUCUGUGUUUGGAACUGGUCUUACGGAUAUAUCUUUGACGUUUUAGUCCUAAUGAAUCGUUUCUAUGAAGUCACCCAUUUGCUUGAGGAAAUGCCUAAAGGGAGCAAGAGUUUUGUUUUUUUUAUCUGUAUUCCAAUUAAAGCUUCAGAGUUGACUAGAUACUAAGUUGUGAGAAAACAAGGAGGGUGUGGUUCGGAGGACAUGCAUUGUCUUAGAUUUCUAUAAGCAGCCCAAUUAUAGCUAUUGCACUUAGGGAUAGCUCUUUUGUGUCUGGUUGUCAAGCUACCUACUUGCUGGGACAUAUUAAAAGUGGCUCAAAGUUCUUGCAGAAACUAUAGCUUUUGAAAGUAGACUGAUCGAAAGAAGUUCUAAAAUUGAAAAUGGAGGCAAUAGGAACCGAUAGUCUUUAUGUU